AUGCUUCUAUCUCAGCACCACGAUAGUCACUUUCAUGUUUAUCACCAAACAACCACAAUUGUUCCCGUUUCCCAUCUAUCGCCACCAUCAAUCCAUCAAUCGAAUCGAGCCUCUGCCAAAGUCCAGGACCUGAACUUUCGAACGUUCGAGACUGAGAAGAUUUGCCGACAACCGGAGCAUGGCCGGCCAUUUGCGACAGUGGUAUUUGUUAACGGUAAGCUGUUUAAAAAUUGCCUUGGUAAUUCAAUUCAGGGACUAAUGAGUUUAUUUGGUGGUGCAGGAUUUGUGUGCUACCACGCAAGCUUUGGAAUAUUUUACCCGCGAAAUCAUAUAAAACAAUUGCCUUGUUUGCGGCCGCUUCCGGGAAGUAUUCUCAAGUAUAUCAGCUUCGGGUUUGCUGGUGGUAUACACAAUUAUACAUUCAACCAGUCCCUGUCGAUCGCCACUUUGGGGUCGAGAACAUAG